CCUGCUACCAACGCUUCUCUCGAGACUGUCGCGCAUCGCAACCCGCAUUGAUCCCGCGACUAUCUCUCCGACUACCUACCGAACUUCCGUGAUCGCAUCCCAUCCACAAUGGCUGUCGAGACUGCUCCCCCGUCUUCGCCCGUCCCCAUCCCCGAACUGACCAAGAUCGCCACCGAGGCCUGCGACACCUCCCUGAAGGAUGCCACCGAAUACGAGCACACCAAAGUCGGGGAAUGGAACUCGCAAAUCAUUAACUCCAUCCUGAAAGCCCUGAUCACCGCCACCGCCCCCACCACCCCCUCCACGGCGCCCCCUUACCGCUUCACCGUCAACAGCACCAUCGUGCAACAAGGCCUGAUCGACAAGUCCGCUGCCGCCGACGGCGCCGCCGGCAACGCCGGCAAGCGCGGCAUGCACUCCGCCUCCGGGGCCUUCUGGGAUGUGAACCGCGAUGGCAUGUGGACGUUCAAGUACCCUGGUGCGGAGGAGCGGGGUCUGGAUGUCGUGGUCAGUGUGACGUGGUUUGCGUUGAGCUAGGUCGGUAGUUUGUUUUGAGUUAGAGUAAUGGAAGGGAGAUAUAC